GUAGGUUUCAGGGGGGCGGUUCGUUCACUCCGGUUCAUUGGCGUAUUAUAGACUGAAGGUCGUCUUGCCUUCCCUCCUCUUCGGCAGAAGUGGGAGGAGAGAGAAAGAUGUUAAAUUUAAAAGCGUUUUAGGUAGUUUUGUUUAUUCCUGAAGACAAUGAUUAAAACGAGACAGGACCGUUUGAAUGAAGGAGCGUCGUUUUCCAUCAAGACCAUGUCCGCGCAAACGAGUCGUAACUGACUACACUAAAAAUUAAGGACUUUUUUUCUAGCACUUUUUAAAAGAAAUUCUGUAUAUUCACAUUAGCCUAUUUAUUGUCUUUAAUAUAAACGAAAAACGAUCGGUAGAUUUUUUACAGUUGAGGGGCGUUUAAUAUUAACAAUAAUACACUUUUCAGAGAUUACAGUACAGCAGUAUAGAGAUGUCUUUCUACGUUGAAGGUUUGAGUAGGGGCGUACUGAACGGCAAAAUGGCACAGUUUCAGGAAGUGAUGCGGCAGCAGCUGGAGACCUCCAUGGACAGGGAGCUGGAGAAACUGCUGUCCACAGUCAAAGGUGCAGAGGCAGAGGUCUCCAAAAAGGACUUUGAAGGCUUUAAGGACCUCUUCCAUAGGUUUCUACAAGUGAAGGGGCCCUCUGUGGACUGGGCAAAGAUCAACAGACCCCCCGAGGAUUCGAUCCUUCCCUACGACAGGAUCAAGGCCAGCGGGCUUCCGGACAACAUGGCGGACAGCCUCAACAAGCUGGUGGUGGUGAAACUGAACGGAGGCCUGGGCACCAGCAUGGGCUGCAAGGGGCCCAAGAGCCUGAUCAGCGUGCGCAACGAGAACACCUUCCUGGACCUGACCGUGCAGCAGAUCGAGCACUUAAAUAAGACCUACAACACCAGCGUCCCCCUGGUCCUCAUGAACUCUUUCAACACGGACGAGGACACCAAGAAGAUCCUGCAGAAGUACACACACCACAGGGUGAAGAUCCACACCUUCAACCAGAGCAGGUACCCGAGGAUCAACAAGGAGUCGCUGCUGCCGGUGGCGAAGGACAUGGGCAUGACAGGCGAGAACGCGGACGUCUGGUACCCCCCGGGCCACGGCAACAUCUACGCCAGCUUCUACAACUCAGGCCUGCUGGACCAGCUGAUCGCCGAGGGCAAGGAGUACAUCUUUGUGUCCAACAUCGACAACCUGGGCGCCACAGUGGACCUGCAUAUCCUACACCACCUGCUGCGCCAGCCCAACGGGAAACGCUGCGAGUUCGUCAUGGAGGUCACCGACAAGACCAGGGCCGACGUCAAGGGUGGGACUCUGAUUCAGUACGAGGGUAAGCUGAGGCUGCUGGAGAUCGCCCAGGUGCCCAAGGCCCACGUGGACGAGUUCAAGUCCGUCACCAAGUUCAAGAUCUUCAACACCAACAACCUGUGGAUCUCCCUGCAGGCCAUCAAGAGGCUGCAGGAGCAAAAUGCCAUGAACAUGGAGGUCAUCGUCAACCCCAAGACUCUGGAUGGGGGGCUGAAUGUGAUUCAGCUGGAGACCGCCGUGGGCGCCGCCAUCAAGAGCUUCGACAACGCACUGGGCAUCAACGUGCCGCGUAGCCGCUUCCUGCCUGUCAAGACCACCUCCGACCUGCUGCUGGUCAUGUCCAACCUGUACAGCCUGGAGGCCGGCUCCCUCACCAUGAGCCAGAAGAGAGAGUUUCCCACCACUCCCCACGUCAAGCUGGGCAGCUCCUUCACCAAGGUGCAGGAAUAUCUGACGAGGUUCGAGAGCAUUCCUGACAUGCUGGAGCUCGAUCACCUGACCGUCUCAGGUGACGUCACCUUCGGGAAGAACGUUUCUCUGAAAGGAACGGUAAUCAUCAUUGCUAAUCACGGAGACAGGAUUGACAUUCCUGCUGGAGCCAUGCUGGAGAACAAGAUCGUUUCAGGCAAUCUGCGCAUCCUAGACCACUGAGGCCUUUUACUCCCCCCCGGUUCAGCCACCACCCACAGACAGCUGAUCAUGCAUUCUGGAUUGCUGCACGAGAGGGUGCCACCCCAGUUCUUUUAUUGCCACAUUUUUUAAAUUAUUAUUAUUUUUUUUUAUUUGCCUGGUUCUGUUUCCACUUCACCACCAUUCACCUCUGCACAUCUCCCUACCACUGACCGCGUAACGGUUACUGUACAGUUCUUACCACGGUAAUCCUUUUCAGAGAGAACGAGUUCAGUAUUUUCUCUUUCUCAUAGAGUAUUGCCUCACACGGACCUGUAGGGGUUAGCACGGCUUUAAAAACACACGCGUAGUAGCCUGAAGACGAGGUUUGGGGAAGCAAUAAGUGUUCUUUGGCAACGGUUCCAGCCGCACCUUUUUGAGCCUCUGCUGGAUUCCAGUUCUGUCCUGAACCUGAAUAAAGUGCAAUAUGGAUUCUACAUAAAGGCUGUGUGUGGGUUCUCUGGGGUAGCAUGGGAAUAUCACAUUAAAGAAUGAAUGUCUGCUUGCCUUGAAUGUUAGAGACUUUGAUGCAUUCCGCCAUGAAUAGAUUCCAUUCCACGUCUUUGUGAUGUCCGUAACUUUACUGGUAGAACACUGCAGUCACCACAGGGUUCUUUUGACAGCACAUGGUCUUCCAGCAUUCCUGUAGGCAAAUAACAGUUAUAUUCCUGUGAUUCAGAAAUUAAGAAGCAGUAGUUACUUAUGAACUCAGCCUGCUUAUGAUGCUUUUAUGGUAGCAACACUGGUCUGAGGUCUGUGGUAUAGGAAGCUAGCUGGAGAUUAUUAGCACACAUACACGUCCACUUUUUUGCUAUGGUGUGUAUUAAUAUUAAGCUCUGUGAAAGCAAUUUCCUUGGCUUGUCAAAUUACGAUU